AUGUCUCCUGCAGAAGGUUCUUCAUCGCGACUCAAGCGCCACGCUGGGCUCCUAAGCCUAAUCUCGGUCUUCGUUCUUGAUCCCAGCUUGGAAUUGAAAACUGGAGCGGACUAUCAGAAAACCCCACAAGCCUGCAACUUAGUGCGAGUCUGCGGCAAAACGCUUCCGGAAAACUGUAAGCCGGUUGAUAUGAUCGGAACAAAAUGCAUCGAUCAGAACUGGUUCGCAAUUCAAACCUGGCAGAAAAGUGGGAGCUACGAUGACUGCUCCGAGAAGCUAAUCAGGAACAGGGCUCCACCUGAAGGGCUUGAAUCUUUAGUGGCUGGUUAUUGCCCGUCGAAAGGGCAAUCGGUUUCCGAUCGUGGCAGUCCGCCAUUGGCGAAGUUGUUCUGGGACAAAAAUUAUCAGACAGAACUUCACUACGCGGUCAAAGUUGAUCCUACAACGGGCAAGCACAGGCUCGUAUUGGGUGGUUGCGACGAGGAAUGA